AUGGCGUUUCACUCGUGGGACCUGUACGAGUUCCCACUUCUGCAGAGCACGACCGCGCACACCUGGGCCGUUAAAGCGGCUACGCAGCUGGAAAAGCCGCGCUACGUCAUCUUCGCGCUGCAGACCGGUCGAAGGAACCUCGGGACGAAGGACGCCUCUCUGUUCGACGAAUGCGACCUCUCCAACGUGAAGCUGUUUCUCAAUUCGGAAUUCUACCCCUACGACGACAUGCAUCUGGACUUUACGAAAAAUCGGUACGCAGUGCUGUACGACAUGUACACCAGAUUCCGCAGAGCGUACUACGCGCUCGAUCGGGACGAUGACGGUGCGAUGCUGACGAUGAGCAAGUUCCUACACUGCAGUCCGCUCGUGGUUAUAGACUGCUCUAGGCAGAACGAGGCGGUGAAGAGCGCCACCGUCGACGUACGCAUAGAGUUCGACUGCAGACGUAACGUCCCGCCCGAGACCACGGCUUCCUGCCUCAUACUUCACGAGCGCGUAGUAGAGUACAAUCCGCUUACGAGCGUGAUUCGACGAGUCGUAUAG